UCAGAAGUCGAGUUUUGUAAGAAAGGAUUUUAGAGCAAAACAUUGAAAGUGAUUAAGGCACUCUUAUAUUAUAUGUGCAAAUACAUUUAUUAUGACACUUAUAUUUUCAUUAUUUAUCACUAGGAAUCCGUUUUUCGUGCUAUCUAGAUUCCAACACAACAGAGAUAAUGGUCUGAUCUUUCAAAGUACAGUGAAUAGAAAUUUGAAAUCUUGGCGGGAUAUUUGAAAAAUGGCUGGCAGUGUCGUGUCAACAUGCUUGUUUUUCCUGUUUGGGACCCUUUUAAUCGGUCUAACAGCUGUGAUCCAGACACAGCAGACUGUGAUGGCAGCAGUGGGAAACAAAGCCUCUUUACACUGUCAGCUCAUGGAAACUAAAAAUGUCCUUCAAGUCACAUGGCAGAAGAUCUUACCUGAUGGAAGAAGGAUAAAUGUUGCCACCUACAACAAACUUUCAGGCCAAACAGUGAAUCCUGGCUUCAAAGAUAAAGUAGAGUUUGAAGAUGCUGGACUUCAGAACAGCUCCAUAGUCAUCAAUAAUGUGACGGAGCAGGAUGAAGGCUGCUAUCUCUGUUUGUUCAACUCCUACCCUGAAGGAGCUCUGACAGGAAGAACAUGUCUCCAAGUUUACGAGCUGCAUCAACCUGUUCUACAUGUCAGAGGACCAAACUCUACCGGAGAGGUAGUUGUGUCCUGUUCAGCCACAGGUCGACCUGCUCCCACCGUAACACUGAGAGCUACACAAGCAGACCUCAACUUGACUGACUGCGACCCCGUCAGUGUGUCCAACACCAACGGUACAGUCACUGUCACCACUACAGCUGUGCUGUCAGCUCUCCAUGUAAACAGCACACAUGUUGGAUGUAGAGUUGGAGUGCUCUCUGGUCCUCAGAUAGAGGUGUUGGAGACCAUUCCUGGGCUCAAACCCACGUCUGCUGAUGAUGAUCAAUCUGGAUUUGAUCACGGAGAUUCCAGAGGGCAUGUAUGCAGAAAAAUCUUUGUAGUGUUGUUGUUGAUCAUUGGUCUUGUUGCUGCAAUGAUCGUUGUCAAGUUUAGAAGAGAAACUCAUACCAGUCAAACACACGAGGAGCCUCAGAGGGAUGAGAUGCCAGAAACUACAACCAAAGACACUCAGAAAAAUGAAGAGGACAAGGAAUGGACACCGGAGAAAACUUCAGAUAACAAUGAGCCAUAUUCAGCACCUUCAACAAUAAGAAGACUCAUUUUUGACGAAGACUGUGGUACUGAUGCUGACACCACCAAAGCAGAACAAAAGUGCAUUAAGUCUUGAGACAGAAACCUGGGCUCAAGAAGCUACAAUAACACUUUCAUAUUCAGAUUCAUGGAUAACAAUGCUCAUGAUGUACAGUUUCCACGCGCAUAUUUUGUACAGUGUUGCUUUUUUUAUACUUGUAUAUAUUUUUAUGUUGGGAAACUGUAAAAACUCUAAACUGUAAGCUGUAUAAGCAUGUGAUACUUCAUCUGUCUUGUUUUGAGGCACCAUUUCACAAUGUGUGUUGAUUUUAAACAGUGUUCAGUUAUUUAUUAUAUUAUCAAAUGAUUGACUACUUCCUUGGUGUUGUUAUUAUUGAUGAUUUUAAAAAGUUGGCAUUAUUCCUGUGACUGUAUAUAUUGUAACUGCUGUCGACAACAUCCAUAAAGAAUCAAAGAAACAA